AUGAGUGCGUCGACGUUUGCGGACGCCUCUCUUGCUCGCGAUCCCCAGAGUACUGAUUUUGAGUUGAGUAUUCGCCAGCAGCCCACUCGGGCGCGCGUGGCCGGUGGGAAGGAGAAAGAGCGUAAACCUGUCGAUCCCCCACCGAUUGUGCAAAUCCGGGUAAGAGAGGAAGGGACCUAUCUUGCGCAGCACUACCUACAAAGUCCCUAUUAUUUUAUGUGCUGCAGCUUAUAUGAGGCCUCGGAUGAUAACCCAGUCCCCGUGCCACCCUCCACGGCUUUGACGGGCACCCUGGUUUCGUCUCUUCAUCGACUAAAAGACGUGGACAACAGCGAUGGGGGGUUCUUUGUCUUCGGAGAUCUGUCUGUGAAGAUAGAGGGUGAAUUUCGAUUGAAAUUCACGCUCUUUGAGAUGCGGAGGGACGCGGUGCACUAUUUGAAAUCCAUCGUUUCGGACCGCUUUGUCGUGUCACCCCCUAAGAGCUUCCCCGGAAUGGCGGAAUCAACAUUUUUGUCCAGAUCUUUUGCAGACCAAGGCGUGAAGCUCAGAAUCCGAAAAGAGCCCCGGACACUGAUAAAACGACCAGUUCCCCGGCCAGAGGAUUUUCCUCAGCCGCUUCCUCCUCGUUCCCCGGAUCGUACCGCGAUCCAAAUGCCGGCAAAUGCUUUUGGUGGCUAUCCAAACGCGGGACGGGAUUAUGGUUACUAUGGCGGACCUGUCAAGCGUCAGCGCACGUCCGUCGAUUUUGGUAGUCGGGGCAUGUACGACGCCGACGGGCGCAUGCGUCAAAUGGAGGCGUACCCGCAGGCCACGACCAUGUAUUCGAACCAGCCCGGAGCCUAUGGAACGCCUAUGAUGCAGUAUCCCACAGGACAUACGGGGGUUCCCGAUUACGCGGUUCGUCAGCCUCCGCCCGUACCGACUCCCACGUCAUUUGACAGUCCAACUACGGGUACAGUGACGUCUUCGGAGCUCGGACAUUAUGGCGGACAAAUUGACUUACAUGGAGCACAGAUUUCAUACGGUAUCCCGUCGGCCCAGGUUUCCCCAAUGCAAGACCCGGUGGCCCAUAGCCGGGCCAGUCAGCAGGCAACGAUGCAGUCUCUGGGAAUGGUAAACCCGGCUGGUACUCCUACAGCGGAUUCCACAGGAGCUUUAAUGUCCCAAGCGUACCGGUCCCAAUACCAGGCAGGCUCUACCAUCCUUCCUCCUCUGCAGCGGAGGGGCAACGUUCCCCAAGGGACUAAUGGCACAACGGCGCGAACCUACUAUGAUCAACCGUCGCAGGGGGAUACUUCGAUAGUCCCAUCACAACCCAUGGGGACAAAUGAAGCAGAUCGUUACGGUUCUGGUCAAGCAGCUUUUGAUCAUCCGGCUUCAUCGAAUGGGACCCCCCGAUAG